AUGGGUAGAAUAAAGAAGAAGGGAACCUCUGGUAAUGCUAAGAAUUUCAUUACCAGAACUCAAGCUAUUAAAAAAUUACAAGUUUCAUUAGCCGAUUUCCGUCGUCUUUGUAUUUUCAAAGGAAUUUAUCCAAGAGAACCAAGAAAUAAGAAGAAGGCUAAUAAAGGAUCAACAGCUCCAGUUACUUUCUAUUAUUCAAAAGAUAUUCAAUAUUUAUUACAUGAACCAGUGUUGGCCAAAUUUAGACAACAUAAAACUUUUGCUAAAAAAUUACAAAAAGCUUUAGGUAGAGGUGAAAUUGGAGACGCUUAUAGAUUAGAUAAGCAUAGACCAAGAUAUACUUUGAAUCAUAUUAUUAAAGAAAGAUAUCCUACUUUCAAUGAUGCAUUACGUGAUUUGGAUGAUCCUUUAAAUAUGUUGUUUUUAUUUGCCAAUAUGCCUUCUACUGAUAAAGUUUCCACUAAAAUUGUUACUGAUGCUGAAAACUUAUGUAAUCAAUGGUUAGCAUUUGUUGCUAAAGAAAAAUGUUUAAAAAAAGUUUUCGUAUCUAUUAAAGGGGUUUAUUAUCAAGCUACCGUUAAAGGUCAAGAAAUUAGAUGGUUAGUUCCUUAUAAAUUCCCAACUAAUAUUCCAACUGAUGUUGAUUUUAGAAUUAUGUUGACAUUUUUGGAAUUUUAUUCUACUUUAUUACAUUUCGUCUUAUAUAAAUUAUACAAUGAAGCUGGUUUAGUAUAUCCUCCGACUAUUGAAAAAUCAAUUGGUUUAAGUGGUUAUGUAUUGGAAGACAAAAAUGCUCCAUUGAAAAAGAAGGAAGAAAAAAAUGACGAAGAAGGUAAAAACUUGUCAGCUAAGGAAAUUUCAAAAGCCAUUAAGGCCGAUAAAGAAGGUGAUGUAGAAGAAGAAGAAGAAAAGGACAGUGAAGGUGCUGCUGUUAGUAAUGAAGAUGUUGAAUUAGAUGAAUUCACCAGCACAAAAGAAGAUUCAUUAUUACAACCAUCCAAAAAUCAAUCACCAACUUCAGAAUUAUUUUCAAAUUUCAUCUUUUAUAUUGGUAGAGAAGUUCCAUUAGAUAUUUUGGAAUUUUGUAUAUUAUCAUGUGGUGGUAAAGUUAUUUCAGAAAUUCAAAUUGAUGAAUUAAGAGCCAAUGAUCCAGAAGCUUUUAAACAAUUGAAUUUAUCCAAUAUAACUCAUCAAAUUGUUGAUAGACCAAAAAUUUUACAAAAAGUCCCUGGUAGAACAUAUAUACAACCACAAUGGGUAUUUGAUUGUAUUAACAAACAAGAAUUAGUUAACGUUAAUGAUUAUGCCAUUGGUGAAACUUUACCACCUCAUUUAUCUCCAUGGGGUGAUGCCGGUGGUUAUGAUCCAAGUAAGGUUAUCAAAAAGGCUGAAGGCGAAGAAGAAGAUGACGAAGAAGAAGAGGAAGAGGAAGAAGAAGAAGAAGAAAUCGAAGUUCAAGAAGGUGAUAAAGAUCAAGAAGAAGAGGAAGAAGAAGUUGAUGAAGAUCUUAAAGCACAAAAAGAAUUAGAAUUAGAAGCUGCUGGUGUUAAAUUCUCCGAAGUCAAUGAAGAAGAUAAGAAGAAGCAAAAGAAAGCUAAAGCUAAACAAUCCUCAACUAAACCAGUUGAUGAAGAGAAAGAAUUGAAGAAGAUCAUGAUGACCAAUAAACAAAAGAAAUUGUACAACAAGAUGCAAUACGGUAUUGAAAAGAAGGAAACCAGAGAAAGAGAAUUAACCAAGAAGAAGAAGCAAUUGGAAAAGAAGAAGGAACAAUUGAAGAAAUUGAACAAAUAA